AUGAAGUCCACGUCAAAUAAAGAGCUGGCAGUGGAUGGUGCAGGUGUGUUUCUUCAUCCAGACCUUGGUAUCGGAGCGGAGCGGUUGGUUGUCGACGCUGCUGUUACAUUGAAGUCUCAAGGAUGUAAUGUCCAAAUCUGGAGCCAUCAUGACCCAACUCACUGUUUCUCUGAGACGCUUGACCCAGACCUACCUGUGGUGUGUGUCGGUGACUGGCUGCCCACCAAUGUUUUUGGGUACCUCCACGCCCUGUGUGCUUACAUGCGGAUGAUCUAUGUGGCACUAUAUUUGGUCUUCCUCAGUGGCCUAGAGUAUGAUGUCGUUUUUUGUGAUCAAGUGUCAGUGUGUAUUCCAGUAUUGAGACUGUCCCGACACAAGAAGAAGGUUUUAUUCUACUGUCACUUUCCGGACCAGCUCCUGACUCAAAGAACGUCAACCCUUAAGAAGCUGUACCGCGCUCCAAUUGACUUCCUCGAGGAAUACACCACUGGCAUGGCAGAUUUGAUUCUGGUAAACAGCCAGUUCACCGCAGGCAUCUUCAGGGAGACCUUUCGGAGUCUCAUAGGGGUCCAGACAGACGUCCUCUAUCCUUCCCUCAACACGCGCACCUUUGACCAGCCGUCCAGUGAAGCACAUGACCUGGAGGGGCUCCUCCCCGAGGGAACCUCCCACCUGUUCCUCUCGCUCAACCGAUACGAGCGAAAGAAGAAUUUGGGUUUGGCCCUGGAGGCCCUGGCAGCUCUGAGAAGCACCCUGCCUGCCAGCCAAAGCGCGGGCGUUCACCUGGUGGUGGCGGGAGGCUACGACGAGCGAGUCAGCGAGAACGUGGAGCACUAUGCGGAGCUGAAAGAGCUGUCAUCACAGCUCCACUUGGAGGACUGUGUGACUUUUUUGCGUUCCCCCUCGGACUCUAUGAAGGUGGCUUUGCUGCGGGGGAGCCAGGCGGUGCUGUACACCCCGAGCCGGGAGCAUUUCGGGAUAGUUCCCGUGGAGGCCAUGUACUGCUGCUGCCCCGUUAUCGCCGUCAACUCAGGGGGGCCCCUGGAGAGCGUGGCCCACGGCAAGACCGGCUUCCUGUGCGAGCCCACAGCCGAGGCUUUCUCCAAGGCCAUGGAGAGGCUGGUCAUGGAGCCACAGCUCCGUAGGGACAUGGGACAAGCUGGCAGGAAGAGAGUACACGAUAAGUUCUCUCUUCAGGCCUUCUCAGGGCAGCUGCACGACUACAUUGUCAGCCUCAGCCACUGACAUCAAGGCUGUGAAUGCUUUUUUCUGGAACUGACUGAGUGGACGUGGGCGUCCGAAGUAUGAAAGGGGCGGGGUUCCUUGAGGACAGUUAAUCAGCGUUUUCUUCGAAGGGUUGCUGAGGAACCGAAUUCUAUACCAAUUAUGUGUACGUUCCAACACAGCAACGAAAAAUAUGGAUUAACGCACUGAAAUGUUUUUAGAAGUUUUUCCUUAUGAGAGCAACAUAGUUGUCUGCAAUCCUAAAUCAAUAAACAGGAUGCUUUUCUCCA